GUACGGUGUUGGCUUCCUCCAUGAAGGCUUUAGCCAAACCGAGCGAGCUGUGAUCGAGAGGCUUUUCGAGGCUGGCGCCAUUCAGGUCCUGGUUGCCACGGAGCAGCUCUGUUGGGGCAUGACGAUGCUGGCGCACCUGUGUGUGAUCAUGGACACGAAGAAGUUCGAUGGCCGCGAGAACCGCUACGUCGACUAUCCCAUCCACGAUGUGCUGCAGAUGAUGGGACGAGCAAGUCGACCGGGCAUCGAUCAGUCCGGUAUGGUUGUGCUGCUGACCCAGAACUCCAAGAAGGAGUACUACAAGAAGUUCAUCUACGAGCCCCUGCCUGUCGAGAGCCAUCUCGACCAGAGGAUGGCCGAUCACAUGAACGCUGAGAUCGUCAUGAAGACCAUUGAGAACAAGCAGGAUGCUGUCGAUUGGCUCACCUGGACGUUCUACUACCGGCGCCUGUCGCAGAAUCC